AAGCCCCAUCAAUAUUAAGCAACUGUGAUUCCAUUUAUCAAUUUCAAUUCAAUUCCUGCCAUGGAGGAUUUCGAGAGCAGAUCAUCACUAAAACCGACCCAUGUAUAUAUCAGCUAUCGAGGCGGCGACGAUACACGUAGAUUCAUCAAAAGCCUUUCUGGUGCUCUUGAAGCACAAGGUUUCAGAAUCGUGGGAGAUGACAAGAGUCGUGAAAUCCCAGAUAUGGCUUUUCCGGACGAGCUUCUCCGAGCAAUGAGAGAAUCCUGGAUUUUGAUCUUGGUCCUCUCCAAAAGCUAUGUUUCUUCAUCUUGGUGUUUAGAGGAGCUGUCGCAGGUUGUUGGGCGACUCUUUCUUAAGGAAAAGCCAAAAUGGUCAUUUAAGAGAGGAUAUGGAUUCAUACCUAACCGAGCAGAAAGGAACGAGGAAGACCUGGACGAGCUGAUAAAAAGAUGGUGGCAACAUAUGAAACAACCGGCCGAUCUCUGUGGACGCAGCAAUAAUGCAGAUAGGAUAAUUCCAGUUUUUUACGAUGUAGAUUCAAAAUCCUUUGCUCAACACAUGCAAGAGAGCUUCCCGGGAAAUUUAUUCGAGGAAGCUAUGCAAAAAGUGACCAAUCUUUCCGGCUGGGAUCUACAGUAUGAAUCAAGAUCACAAGUUAUUCCGAAGAUUGUCAAAGAAGUCAAGUCAAAAAUAGAUAAACUAUUUUAUGGCUUUUUCAGAUAUGUUGGGAUGAAAUCUCGAGUGGAAGAAGUAGAACAGAUUUUGGAUUUGAGCUCAGACGAUGAAGUUCAAGGUAUAGGCAUUUGUGGUAUGGGCGGAUCAGGGAAGUCAUCCAUUGCUUUAGUUCUAUAUCUUAAGAUCCUUCACUUUUUUGAUUCUUUUUGUUUCCUUCCUAAUGUGAGUAGACGUUUGAAGCAUGGUGACUUAUCUUUGCAAGAACUCAUUCAUAGAAACUUGGAGACAGCAGAUUUUUGUCUUAUGUAUCCUCAAGGCGAAGAGUUCUUGAAAAGAUUAAGAAAACACAAGGUUCUCAUAGUUCUUGAUGGUGUAGAUCAUGUGCAAGAUAUUGAGGAAUUGAACUUGAUUGCAAAAUCUAUUUGUUUUGGCAGAGGGAGUAGAAUCAUAAUAACAACAAGAGAUGUACAAGUCCUUGAAAUGUCUGGAGUUGAGAAAAUUUAUAGACCUAAAUUGUUGUCUAAGAAGGAAGGUUCUAUAAUAUUCCGUUCUAUAGCUUUUCCAAAGGAUUAUCCUGUUAAUGAUUUUCAAGAGAUGAUAGACAAGGUAUUGAAAUAUGCUAAUGGGCUUCCACUAGCAAUUGAAAUAUUGGGUUCAUUCUUUUUUGGAAAAAGCGUGGCAGAAUGGAGAAGUUUCUUGGAUAGAGAAGAAAUUAUUCCUCCCCAUGAGAUCAUAAUAGUCCUUAGAAAAAGUUUUGAUGAACUUGAUCAUAGGAGUAAGGAAAUCUUUUUGGACAUAGCAUGUUUUUUUGCAGGAAAGAAUGUUAAUUGUGUGAAGGAAAUUUUACAUGAUUCUGGUUUCCCUGCCGAUAUAGGAAUCAAACUUCUUAUUCAAAAAUCACUUAUUACAAUUGCAAAUCAAGGAAUACAAAUGCAUGGAAUGUCACAAGCAAUGGGGCGAGAAAUUGUUAGACAAGAAUGUCCAAAUCAGCCAGAAAAACGCCGUCGGUUGUACCUUUUCAAUGAUAUCAAAUAUGUUAUGGAGAAAGAAAGAAACAUGGUGAUAAAAAAUGUUGAAGCUAUAGUCUUGGAUUUGGAAGAGCCAAAAGGGGUUACAUUGAGGAUCGAAGCUUUAUCACAGAUGAUCAACCUCAGAUUGCUCAUAUUUCGUAAUGUGCAUUUUUCUGGAACCCUCGAUAAUCUUUCGAGCAAGUUACAACAUGUUUCAUGGCAUCAAUAUCCAUUCACUUCUUUGCCAUCGAGUUUUCAGUCUGAUACACUUGUUCAAUUGAUUAUGCCUGAUAGCAACGUCACAGAAGUGUGGAAGGGCAAAAUGAUGCUCCUUAAGUUAAGAAAAAUGAAUCUUUGUGGCUCCAAAACUUUGAUCAAGACGCCAGAUUUUGGAGGAGUUCCAAAUCUUGAGAGACUUGACCUUGAAGGUUGUACUGGAUUAUUGGAAUUGGAUCCAUCUAUUGCCGAACUUUCAAAGCUCAAGUUCUUGAAUUUGAGAAAUUGCAUCAAUCUUAUUAGUAUUCCCAAUCGCUUAUUUGCUCUAUACUCAUUGGAAAUUCUAAAUCUAGCUGGCUGUUCAGAAUUUGCACAUUGCUUGAAUUUUUCUCCUUUGAAGAGCUUGACAGAAGUGAAACUGCUUAGCAUUUGGUCUAAUCCAUUCUUAGAGAGCAUUCUGUAUUUUCUUUUGUAUGUUUUAACAAAAAAAUUGUGGUGAGUUUGUUCGUUGCUGUCUAAUUUACUUGAUAUGUAUUUGUGAGGUCAAUUAUGCAUAAAGCUCAAGUCAUGAAUCCUGAGAUUGGAGCUCUGUGUAUUUGGUACAUUUGGGAAUGAUAUGGUUGUCACUUAUCAGUUA